AAAUGUUCUGCUCGCUGGCCCAGACGCUCUUCUGCGUCCUGCUCAUCCAGGGCGGCCUCUACGCCCUCCACCUGAGCGGAAACGGAAAUGGCAACGGGAACGGCAACGGCAACGGUGAGAAGUCGCUGGGCGAAGCCAAGGUGGUGCAGGUGCCCAGUCAUCCCGUGGGACCCUCGACGGGAGCCGCCGCCGCCUGGCAGACCGCACCCUCGCAGCAGCAGCAGCACCAGCAGCAUCCCGGAGGAUCUCCGCCGGGCGGUGGAUCCUCGCCGCAUGGCCACCGGUCCGCCGCAGCGGCCGCCUUCGAUGCCACCACCGUGCGGCUGAACAAGGAGAUAGCGGACAUGGCCCAGCUGGAGCGGGAGCGACUUAUGCUCCUCGCCCGCGCCAAGCAGACGGCGGAACAGCCGCCGGCGGGCAGCAAUCAUCGCGGCCAUCCCUUCAUCGCCGGCCGGAUACAGAUGCAGCCCAGCGAGGAGCUGGACGUGGGCGACUACCCGGCGCUGCUGCAGCAGGCGGCACGGGGCUACAUCUUCGGCAAUGUCCAGAAGCAGCCGCCGACACCGGUUACCCUGGAACAGGAUUACGAGCAGCUGAGGGAGCUGGAGAACAGACCCGUAAAAUACUACGGCAGGGUGGUGCAGCCAGCGGAGAGGGAGGAGCAGGCGGAGGCUCUCUACGAACCACUGCACUCGUUCGGCGACUUCGAUGACUUCUCGGAACUGGAGCCGGAACCGCAGGAGCCCCACUUGGGCGAGGAUGAGUUGCUGCGGGAACUGGACGCCUAUCAGUAUCACGGCCUGGAGGACGAACCACUCCCGGAGAAUCCCUACCGCACGCUGGAGCAACUGGAACUGGCUGCACCGGACUCCCUGCAGCAGCUCUUCGAGCAGGAACAGGAGCAGCGAGACGCCCCCUUCAAGACGAUGCACUCCGGCAAAACCCACAACCCGGGCAACUACAACAUACGGGUGCAGCAAAAGUGGGCCAGGAAACGAAAUGGCCAGGGAACGGCCCAUAAUUCCGAGGCGGAAAAGCAGCUGCAGCGCCAGAUCUUCGCCCAGCACUUCAAGCCGCAGCGAAGUGGCAAACUUUCACUGUCCGCCAACUCGGAGGCCACGGCCAGCAAGCACCUGAAGCCAUCCAGUCGCUCCGGCUCCAAGGAUAACGAGAAGCCACAUAGCGAGCUAGGGGGCAGUGCAUCCUCUGCCGCCUCCUCCUCCACUUCUUCCUCCGGCAAACAAACAGCCGGCGAUGGACUAUCUAAGCAGCAGCAGGUGGAGCAACAGUCGCAGCAGGACAAGAAGGAUCCCAGCAACAAGCGAUCCGGAUCCGGAUCCAUGGGAUCGCCAGGAGGCGGCUACUCCGCGCAGCCACCGAUCUCCCACAGCAUAGCCAGCCAGCUGAUGCUGCGCACCGCCCGCGGGCAACGGCAGUACGAUGUGCCACAAAUCGAGUGUCCUACCGCCAUGGAUGGCAUGGAGCGAUUCGCCUGCCCCAUUCCCGACCGGCAGGGCAGAUACCGCUGCAUAGACGAUCAUGUGCUGUGCGAUGGCUUCAUCGACUGUCCCGACGGCGAGGACGAGGACCGAAGAUCCUGCAUGUUCUACAAGACGACGAAGGCCCAUCUGGAUGUGUUAGCGGAUGCGUUACUGCGCUGGGCGCGAGGGCGUUAAGCUCCACCCACCCACCAAUAACACACACACACACCCUCUAAUACACACAAAAUACACACCCACACACACACACACACAGAAAGUACACCUAGAGAACUCACAUUGACAAACAAUUAGUUUUAACAUGUCGCCCCAAGCAAACAAGAGCCCCGUUAAGUUAAACAUCAUCCAGGAACCAGACACACAGACAGCCAACCACCCGUCUAUCCUUUGACAUGAGAAAGAUUCCCCAGAGAAACUCCGAAAAGAAAUCCCCAGCCACAUAAUGCAAAAAUGCAAAAUGCAAAAAUGCAGCUCGCAAUGGGCUAAAUGGACAAUUGCCAAGUAAGAAAAGCGAAAGCUAUGAUUAAACGCAAAAUGAGGCAGAAAAUGUGCUUGACGAAAGGUAUGAUUAUUAUUACACUAUUAUUAUUAAAAAUUAACUUAAUGAAAAGCCCAAACAGAAGAAGCAGUUAUACAUACUAAAGCUAAAUUACAAUUCAGCAA